AUGGAGAAGUACUACCGAAAAGUAUCAAAUUUAGAGGAACCUUCAACUCUUUUGUCGUCUAAGAAGAAAAGUAAGCUCGAUAAUCAAAAUUCAAAGAGAACCGAACUUGACGAAAAUUCACAGAGCACCGAACUUGACAAACUUCUAGAAAAUCUCCCUUCAGAUCCAGCACGUCGAAAGCGUAUCUUAGAUUACGAUCCAAAUAUUCGCGAUCAAGUUAGACGACAUUAUCUACUCAAGGGCCCCUGUCAACCUCGAAGCCAUAAGUUUCCUCAACGAGACAUCUACGGGACUAAGCGCAGGUUUAAUUCUUCUUGGUUUGAUGACCAUGUUGAAUGGUUAGAGUAUAGCAUAGAGAAAGAUGCUCUAUUUUGCCUUUGUUGUUAUCUCUUUAAACCGGAACAUGGUGACCAAGGGGGUAGCGAUACGUUCACAGCUACAGGUUAUAAUAAUUGGAAAAAUAAACAGGGGGUUAAAGAUCAUGUCGGCACCGUUGGUAGUGUUCAUAAUCGUGCUCUGUUGCAUUGUCAAGCUUUAAUGAAUCAGAAACAACACCUUGAGUCACUUAUUAGUCGUCAAGUGGAAGUCUCUAAAGAGAAUUAUUAUACUCUCUUGAAUGCUUCAAUUGAUUGUGUCCGUUUCUUGUUACGACAAGGUCUUGCUUUUCGUGGUCAUGAUGAAUCUGAAUUCUCAAAAAAUAAAGGAAAUUUUCUUGAACUUUUGGAGUUUCUUGCUGAACAUAAUGAUAGUGUUAAGGCUGUCGCCUUUGAAAAUGCACCAAGAAACCUUCAGUUGAAGUCGCCUAGUAUACAAAAAGACAUUAUAAAUGCAUCUGCUGUUGAGACUGUUAAUGCAAUUAUGUGUCAAAUGGGUGAUGCUCCAUUUUCUAUUUUGGUUGAUGAAGCUCGGGAUCAUUCGAUAAAAGAGCAGAUGGCAGUGGUUCUACGGUUUGUUGAUGCUAAAGGUGAAGUAAUUGAAAGAUUUGUUGGCAUUGAACAUGUUCAAAGUACUGAUGCACAUUCUUUAAAGCUUGCAAUUGAUGAGCUACUUUCUAGAAAUGGGUUGAGCAUAUCAAAUCUUCGAGGGCAAGGCUACGACGGGGCGAGCACUAAUUUUGAAAGAAAAUAG